AUGACCUAUCCCAAGUAUGCCAUCCCGUACUUUAUAGAUUCGUCAAAUGUUGCUACCACUAAUCCUAUUCUUAGGCGACUGACGUUAUGUUAUGUGACGCAUGAAACCAAACAUUUCAUCUACUUUUAUAUGGGCAAUGUUGCAAUUCUUCUAUUCAAAUCCGGUUAAGUUGGAGGAAACCGAAAAUUCAAAAGAAAUAUCUACAGAAACUUAAUCAAACAUUAUAAUACACAUCUGAUCAUUCUGCACGCAACUCAACUCAAUCAUCUUCACAAACACGAUUUUCUCUAGUACUCAUCAAUUCCCGAAUUCAUCUUCAUAAGAACCAACACAGAAUAAUAUACAGUUUGAAUGAAGACCACAAAACAGAACAGAAUAAAUAUUAGUAUAACUGAGAUUGUGUUUCCACAUUGUCUUUUGUACUGGUUGAUCCACU